AUGCCUGGACUGGACAAAAGAUUGGUGGAGCAUAAAUGGCCGAUAAAAGAAGGUUACUUACCAGUCAAGCAGGCCAGAAGAAGAAUGUCCAUGGAGACAGAACUAAAAGCAUCUCCCAAAGAUGAGUACCCCAUGCCAAUGACAGACAUGUUGGUAGAUGGAGCCGCUCAUAACCAAAUGCUAUCAUUCAUGGAUGACAACGCAGGUUACAAUCAGAUAAUGGUGGCAGAAGAGGACAUCCACAAAACUGCUUUUAUGUGUCCAGGACAUAUAGGCGCUUUUGAAUAUGUUGUAAUGCCUUUUGGUUUGAGGAACGCAAGGGCUACCUAUUAA